AUGCUUAGGAAACAAACCCCUGGCAGGGCAAGGCCAGCGGACGUCGAAGCAGUGGCUGCCGUGUCGGCGCUUGGGAAAGUGAUGAACCAAGACGGAACGGCUUUGGACCACUCCAAGGUGCGUAAGAGGGAAAGCAUGCUGCCUACACGCGGACGGAGCGGGCGAGGUGGCGUCCGGCGGGCAAGCGCAGAAAGCGCGGGCCGGCGGACGCGCAGCGAGGACGGGAAGGCGGCGCGCAGCGCGCGGGAGCGGCAUAUGGAGGACGAGUUCAACGCAUUUGGCGGGCGGGCGACAGCAGGCGUGGCCAAGGAGGUACCGGCGCGGGGCGGGGCGGACGACGGCCCUGUGAUGACCACGAAGUACGUGCCCAGCCCCCGGGGGUUGGUGAAAGUCACCGUGCCGGUGAGCGCGGGAAGCAGCGCGCACAGCUCACUGCGCAAGUCCGCGUCGAUACACACCGGGAUGAAUAUGCGGCACGGAUCCGGCUCGCGCAGGGCUUCGAUGACGUCUGCGGGUAGUGAUGCGGCCCGCAGGCAGGCAAAAAGCACCGCGGAAAGCUCGAGCGCACGCACGCGGAGCAACAAGCCUAAGCCCAGGCCCUCGGGCGACAGCCACUCGCCAUCCCCGACUACUAGAGCGCCAGUGACUCCCAGACGCACAACGGUCAAAGAUCUUGUUGCGCCACCGCUGCCGGAGGAACCAGAGGACAGCGUCAGCACUUCCGGAAAAGGGGAGUCUAUUGUUCCCCUGAAUGAAAAGGAGGAAGAACAAGAUGAGCAGCCCUUUGACAGUGAAGCAAACGCGAGGAGUUCGCCAAAAACGCCAAAACAAGGCGGCCAUGUCCCUGCCUUGGAGGUUUCGCAGCAUGGCUUUCAAACACCGGUGCCCGAUGGACCGACCAUGGCGGAAUACUUGCAGUCUGCAGACCCGAUUUUGAGUGCGGGGGCAACACAGAGGCAGAGGGAGCUCGAGGAGGCAGAAGCUGCGAGCACUACACCAGAUGGCGACAGGCUAAAGAUUGGAAAGUCCCCUUCACCGAUGAAAUCGGCCAUGAAGAACUCGCCUUCAGCAGGGACCUCGAAGUAUAACCGUCCUCCCUUAGAUACCUCAUCUGCCGCCGAUGGUGCAUACCUUUCCCUUACAACAGCAGAGAAUACGAGGUUGAAUGCGCAGUUGUCCGAUGAUAAGAUGCGGAAAAGCCCUACACUACGGCAACCAAAGAGGCGUGUCUCGGUGCAUUCCCCAAAGACACCAUCUGCAGCAUCUGCAGAUAGAUCUUCCAAGGUCCUGCGCCAAUUUUCCCUAUCUAAACCGCAGGGUCGGACACUCGCUAUGAAUAAGAAUAAUUCUGGGGAAAAGCAGGCGCAGUCCCCGACUUCUCCCAAGAGUAACCAAAAGAAAGUAGACCCAAGUGUACUUUAUCCCCGUGAGCCUCCCAAGAAGAAGUCGAGUUUUGAGCGCGAACGGCCGCAACACAAAAACUUGGGUUUCAAAAACCUCUCUCUCAGAUCGGAGGCUUCGAAUGAGUUUAUGUAUCAGGGGACUUUAGAAGGUGAAAUACAUCAAUCCCCUGGCCAACAUGUAGGUCACGAAACACCGAAGAAGGCCCUCCUUUCAGUGACAGCUGAAGGCUGGAAGUCCAGGUUCUCAGACUCCGACUCGGAAAAUGAUAGCCCUCCAUUCAGCAGCAAUGCCAGUGGCUCCACUCAACCCAGCAGUCAUAGGGAUUCGUCGUUAGCCCAUCAUGGCGGGUUCGGUCUGUUUAAACACAAAGAUCACCAUGGCCACAAACCAAAGCAUUCGCUGGGAGCAAGCCUCGCUUCCGCCAAGCCACAUGAGCCGCAGAAAGCGCGCUUGGCUCCCACGAGCAACCGUGGUUCCAACACCCUGUCAGCAGAGCGCCCCCUAAAGAACCAUAAUAGUUUUAGCGGCAAGCUCAAGAAACUGUUUGGGAAGAAGCACGCGACCUGA